AGACCUAAACGAUCGGGAGAGAUUUUUAUCCAUUUUGCUUUCUUGCGAGUUUCUCAAUUUGGAAUUGAACCAGAAAUUCCAACCCCAGCUACCGUUGUUUUCUCCUUUCUCUAGCGUGGAACACUUCACCCUUCUUCUUCCUCCUCCUCCUCUUCCCUUCCCCUCUUUUCUCCCUAUUGUUUUCUUCUCUGUUGCUGCGGCAUAAUGAAAGGCCUAAGAAAGGAAAUGGAAAUGUCAGGGAGUAAUGGACAUUGAGUACGGGGAAGCUACAUGUUUAAUGGGCCAUAAUGGACAAGAACAGUCUCCUACCUUUUAAUGUUGGUCAACUGGCAGAAUCGAGAUCUUUCCUUGUAGGUUUUCGUGGUGCAUGGUUCCGAUGCAGGAUAAAGGAGAUUGGCUCGAAAAGAGGUCAUCUGGGGCACGUGUUGGAAUAUUUUGACUUUCCUGAUGAAAAAAUUAAUUGGACAAAGUUAUAUCAGAGACCCCAAAUUCCUAAAGCUAAGGGAAGGGAUAUAAAGAUGCAGUUAAUGGUGCGUCCUUCCUUUCCUAAAAUAUAUCGUGAAAGCCAACUACCUGACAUCAAUGCAAUCUCAGAGGUUGUAGUUAUUGUCAAUGAUGCCUGGAAAGUGGGGGAUUUGGUGGAUUGGUGGACUGACGGAUGUUUUUGGUGUGGAAGAAUAUCUCAAAUAUUGGAUGAUGGAAAGGUUCAGGUUGAGCUGCCGCCUCCUCCUCUGGGUGAAGGGCUAUCAUAUGAAGUUUCCUCUGAGGACUUGCGCCCAUCCUUGGAUUGGUGUCCAGAAGUUGGGUGGACAGUGCCUACCCCUACAGAGCUUGAAAAUUGUUGUCCUUGUGCUCGACUAAUUCAACCUGUGAAUCAAGUUCAAAGGGUGCUUCCAAACUUGAUGGUGGAUGAAGAAAGAAGGGAUGGUCAGGGCAUUGCUGGCUCGCCAACUGGCGUUAUUGCUUCAUUUUCUUCUCACAUUUCUGGUAGUUCAGUUCCUCCUCCAGAUAGAUCUGAGCACUCUCUAGCAACGGAAAUGUCAAAGCAACCUUUGAGCAGUACUGGUACUGGAUCCAAGAAAGAGAUGUCUGCACCAGAAACCAAUAUGGAUUUGGAUGUAGCAGAUGGUAGCACCGGGAGAACCAGUUUGUCUGAUAGUGUAUCAAGUUCACACUUUGGAGAUGAUUUGGAUGGAUUGAUGGGAACCAAGGUGGGGAAAGACCGAUAUUCUAACAGUGGGUCGUCAAAAAAGAUGAGAACAGGUGGAGACACAUUCUUGAAUUCCAUGUGUUCUGAUACAUUAGAAGCCUCAAUAUUAGAUUUGGAGGAACUUGCAAACAAAGUUAAAUGGCUCAAAGGAAUUUUAGAGUUUGGAAUUCCUUUGUCCAAUGCGGUGCGCCCUCCCUGGAAAUUUUUGGAACAUCGAGCACCAUCUAUGCAAAAAUGAGUGCUUCAAAAUGCUUGUAUCAUCAACUAGGCCAGUUCAAUUUUUAGGCUCUUACACAUAGUGCUUACCCUAAUCGAGUAUACAGAUUUGUCUCUUCAUAGCCUGCUAACUUUGUGGGAAAAUAAAGGUGACUACUGUUAAUUUAACCA